GGAGAGCCAUUUUUGUUUCUUUUAUCUGUCUUCAAACUGUUUUUAACCAAAAAUCACUUGCUUUGUAUUAGUCAAUUGUUUUUAAAUCAAUAUAGUUUUUUCCCCCACAAACUUUUUUACAAAAGAUAAAAAAAUUAAGUUGGUAUUUUUUCACUUUAGGAAUAAUUUAAUUGUCCCAUAGUGGACAAGCAAUACUCACAAGUUUUGAUUCAAUAAGCCGAACAUUUACCUUGCUGCGCUUUAAUAAUGCAAGUUUUUUCAUCCAUCAGCUGCUCUUAAAAGUGAAAGCUACCAGCCCAUGCAUGACUUUACAGUAUUUUAUUCUCCAAAAUGUAGAAGGUACAUAUAAUGAGUGAUAAGUGAAGAUCUAUUUGGAGUAUUUAUACUCCUAAAUGUUAUCUUUUUUAAUCCUGUAAAGCAAAACAACAGUUUUCUAUCACGCCUUAAAUAUGUGGAAACAACCAAGACUGGUUUAUCCAGUUCCUCAGUAGGAAUUCAUUAAGCCAUCUGAAAUAUAAUAUGAAGAAAGAGCAUUUGUUUCUCCAUGUCUAUUGUACAGUACACUGAUAUUUAAAGCCAGCAGCCUUGAACUUGGGUUUUAAAUUGAAUUAUGAUUUUAUAUUGAACUGGAAAAUUGGUGUUGUCUUUUUUUUUUUUAAUAAGAAAAAAAAACUGCAGCUGGGCUAAAACCUCUGCUUUCCCGACAGCCUUUUCUAUUAUUGAAUAUAGGAGCAAGGAACAUGUACGUAAAUACAACUCUAAAUGGGUCUUUCUGCCCUUACGAGCGCUCGAAAUAGUUAAGUCUCAUGGGCAAGCAAAGUAGAUUACUACUUGAGAGCUUCAGAAGGAUGAAUGGCUAACAAACAAAUAUGUCUAGCCUUUUCACAACAAACAAGCUUGCGAUGCCUCUGUGAUUGGAUGCAGUACAUUUGACUUUUUAAGGAUUUUGCCGAGGACUUUAUGUGACAAAAACAAGCAUGGGAAACAACGACUCGACUGUGGAGGAUCUACAAACUUGUGAGAGUCAUCAGUGGUAUAGAAAAUUUAUGACUGAGUGCCGAUCAGGACUUCUUUCGUUCUAUGAGUUCAAGAAGUUUUUUGGGCUGAGGAACCUGUCGGAAACAUCAGAUGCCUAUGUUAAGGCUCAGUUUGCAACCUUUGAUUUGAAAGAUGAUGGUUUCGUUGAUUUCAUGGAAUAUGUAGCUGCUCUCAGCCUCGUUCUUAAGGGAGCAGUACAAAAGAAACUUCGCUGGUACUUCAAACUCUACGAUAUUGACGAAAGUGGCUGCAUUGGCCGUGACGAGCUGCUUCUGAUCUACAAGUCUAUUGAUGCAAUCAAUGGAAUUCAUGAUGACGUUAAAGCAGAGGAGUUUACUAAUAUGGUAUUUGACAAGAUUGACAUAAAUGGAGAUGGUGAACUGUCCUAUGAAGAGUUCAUCAGCUGGGUUCAAGAAGACGAGAUGUUGCUGAAGAUGCUCACGCAAAAUCUGGACAUCUCACACGUUGUUCAGAAGAUUCAAGGAGAAAUGACUGCUAAUAACAUCAACAUGCACCGUGAGGGCAGAGGUCAAGAAUCAUGACAACAGGACUGAUCACUUGGUUAUUUCCCAUAUAAUUGAAGGACUGUAUG